UUGGACGAGUUCAAUAUUGGGUCAUCUGGGUUCAAAAACUAGGUCAGCAGGUCGAAUCAAAGGAAAAGCUUGUUAACACUGUAAGCGCCACAUUUAUGACUGUAUCUUCAUGAAAUUUGGUCAGAAUGUUAAUCUUGAUGAUCUCAAGGUCUAGUAUUAUUCUGGUCAUGUAGGGUCAAAAACUAGGUCACCAGGUCAAAUCAAAGGAAAAGCUAGUUAACACUCUAGAAGCCACAUUUAUGAUCAUAUAUUAAUGAAACUUGGUCAGAAUGUUAAUCUUGAUGAUAUAUAGGUCAGUCUCAAAUCUGGGUCAAAUGGGGUUAAAACUAGGUCACUAGAUCAAAUCAAAGGAAAAGUUUGUUAACACUCUAGAGGCCACAUUUAUGACUAUAUCCUUAUGAACUUAGUCAGAAUGUUGAUCUUGAUGAUCUUUCGGUCAAGUUCGAAUCUGGGUCUUAAGGGAUCAAAAACUAGGUCACCAGGUCAAAUCAAAGGAAAAGCUAGUUAACACUCUAGAGGUCACAAUUUUAGCCCAAUCUUAAUGAAACUUGGUCAGAAUAGUUCCCUCAAUAAAAUCUUGGACGAGUUUGAUAUUAGGUCAUCUGGGGUCAAAAACUAGGUCACCAGGUCAAAUCAAAGGAAAAGCUUGUCAACACUGUAGAGGCCACAUUUAUGACUGUAUCUUCAUAAAACUUGGUCAGAAUUUUAAUCUUGAUGAUCUCAAUGUUUAGUUUGAAUCUGGGUCAUGUAAGGUCAAAAACUAGGUCACCGGGUCAAAUCAAAGGAAAAGCUAGUUAACACUCUAGAGGCCGCAUUUAUGACUAUAUCUUAAUAAAAAUUGGUCAGAAUGUUAAUCUUGAUGAUAUAUAGGUCAGGUUCAAAUCUGGGUCAGAUGGGGUCAAAAACUAGGACACUAGGGCAAAUCAAAGGAAAAGCUUGUUAACACUCUAAAGGCCACAUUUAUGACUGUAUCUUAAUGAAAUUUGGUUAGAAUGUUAAUCUUGAUGAUUCCUAGGUCAGGUGAGCGAUACAGGGCCUUCAUGGCCCUCUUGUUAACAUUUAGUCUGCAAGUGGUUCCACCUUUGUGACCAGUACAGACCCAGAUCAACCUGCAGGUUCAUGGAUGUUGAUCUUGGUCUGCACUGGUCGCUAUUCAGUUAGUAAAUUUUCAGUAAACACCCCUUCAAAUUAUUAAAUGGUAUUGCCCAAAGUGAAUGAUAGACCAGUUCAUUUUAGAAAGCUAGCAGGGUAAAGGUGAAACAAUGUUUUUAGUAUGGGUAUGAAUCACAUUUAGUAAUACCUAGUUUAUUUCAUUAUUUGAAAACACUUCAGUGCACAAGUAAUUUGAUAUAAAAUAGCUGCAAAAAACAAAUGUUUUGCUCAAAUAUUCAGGAAGAUUUGUGUUAGUUAUAUUUGAUAGUUCUCAAGUUCACUUUAUCUUUUACCUAUUUCCCCAGUUUUCAUUUAACCUCGCAUAAUGAUCAAUGGUAAAUGGCAGACAUCGUUUGGUUUAAGGUUUGUUAACCAGAUGUCCAAAGUUCCUUAGGUCAGAUAAUGUAGUGAUGUUGUUUGAAAUCUAAUGGCACUGUAAUUCACUCUGUCUCCCUAGACCUCAUCUGGGACUAGCUUUUAGUUUGGGCUUCCAAAGUGUUACUCCAUAUUGUGUCUUAGUACCACCUGCACACACACACUCUUUUUCAACUUAGAAACAAAGGUUAAAAUUUUGUGUGCAAAUGACUAUCAUGUUGCGUGUCAAAAACUUCCAAAUGUAUUUGAUUGAAACUUGUAAUGCUUCUCUGUAGCCAAGUUUGAUAACUCUUUGUGGAAUUUAGUGUAAAAUAUGGCCUUCUUUUUUCUUAGAAAUAUGGUUAAAGUUUUGCAUUUAACUAACUAUCAAAUUGUAUCUCAGUAACGGCAUGGAUUGGAUUGAAACUUCAUACAAUACUUCUCAGUUGUCAAACCUACCAACUAAGUUUGAUAACUCUCGGUUGAAUUUUAUUUAGCCCUUGUUGUCUUUUUUUUGCUUAGAAAGUUUGUUCAAAAUUAAACCUUUGAUGUCAUGAGUUUUGGAAGGAAACAAUUUUUUUUUAGUUUGGUCUAAUGGAUAGCUCAUUCUUGCAGGAAAGUGAAAACCCCUAUCUUUAAUUUUCUUAUUGCUUCCAUAUUUUUCUUGUCAUUCUUACUUCUCAGUUUGAAAACAUUUUGGUAUAGUAGAAGGUGCUUUCAUUCCUGCAUCUCUUGUUUCUAUUAAGUGGGACUUUUCGGAAAUGAUUUUUGUGUCGAAAAAUAAAUACAAAUAAAGAGUUAUUGCCUUUUGAGCAUCAGUAAGUUGAUUUCUAACAUCACUGAUGUUUAAUUUUGAAACUUUUUGUUAAAAAGUUGAAAACAAAAAUUCUCCAAGGUCAUAAAAAGAUUUAGGGUCGGGCUAUUAUAAACAUUUUAAUAGGGCAGGUUAGGAUACCGGAAACAAACAAUUUUUAGGCCUAAGUAACUCGGGAUUUCGCCGAUAUCUCGAAACCUCAAUAUAGGAUCUCGAAAUUUGGACUUAGUUACUAGUGUCACUUACCUCGAAAUUUCGAGUGAGUACCUCAACAUUUCAAGUUAAUGAAUACACCGGGUCAGUGCUAUGUUAUACACAGUAUCUGCUAAUAUACAAAAUAAUAAAAAUGUGAUACCAGUGAAAGCGAUCUUGUAUUUAUAUACAACAGAAGCUACUUACAAAACUGGUAAAAAGAUUUUCUUAUAAACGUGUAAAAUCAUUGUUAUUCGAAUAUAACCAGAUAACAAGGAGAUAAAUUCAAACACGGUUUCAUGUAUAAAAACUGAUUAGACCUAUGGAUAAACGAGAUAUUUCGUGUGAGCACUAUAUUAUAUUACAUCGAUGUGACGGCAAACAACUUGUUUACAUGUUAUCUCUAACCUUUUAGUUUUUCAUCAAAGCCAGUGCUAGAUCGCUACCAAGGCCAAAAAACAAAAUAUCUGAAAUAUGGAACAAUUUUGUAAACACGGGCCACAACACGCCCACUUGUAUAUAAAACCUGUAAUACUGUGUUACUUCCCCUUACAGUACACACUAUUCGUUUAUAUACAAACGUGUCAAAGCAUUGAAACUAAAUUAUCUAGAGCAGAUUAUAUUUAAUCUGAUAACUUUUAUACUGCCUUACAAUGAGAUGGACCUCGUUGCUCAAUUGAUUUAUAUUCUUAUUUAUGGAUUGAAUGUAAUUUUUGCGCGUUUAUACGGGUAUAAACCAUAUUGGGACUGAGUAGCGCUUCCGGUAUAGCUUAGCAGCAUAGCAGCUAAAAUACAUAUUUGUGACGUUUCAUCCCAUAAAUAUAAAAAAAAAACAUCGUUAUAAAUCUUUUCUAUAAAUAGACAGAACAGCCAAAAGACAAACCUUAUUAAAUUAUAAUUCACCAUCCGAUGAAAAAUAUAGUACGUUGCUGUUUCAAAUUUGAAAUUGAAAACUGGCUUAGUCGUUUCUAUUCAUAGUAAGAGAGAGAGAAAAUGGAUUUUUCGCUAUUACUAAAUGUUCUUUUUGCCGAUUUUCAAAGAUUUAUUUUGAACGACGCCUCUUCGUGUUUUUCUUUUUGAACUAUGUCAGAUUACACAUGCAGUCCCACAGAAAGGGUCGUCCUUAAUGUUAUUUAUCUACUGUAUACAAAAUACAAAGCGAAUGUAAAUGUUAAUCAUUGAAUAUUUGGACACUAUUAUCAAUUUCUUUUAAAACGAUGACUUCAAAUGACAACAUGCGAGAGUUUUUGUACUCUGUGUACUUUAUUAACAUCAACUGGAUACGAUGGAUGUAACAAAUUUCCGUCAAUUUGGGAAGAAAAUUAUAUGUAUUGGUAGAAACUACAAGGCGCUUGCAGCGGAACAAGGGAAUCCCAUUCCGGAGAGCCCUAUCGUGUUUCUGAAGCCAACUACCGCCUACAUUGAAGAAGGGGAAGCAAUAAAGAUUCCACCAGCAUGCAAAGACUUCCUUCAUGAAGUUGAGCUCGGUGUUGUCAUAGGAACCAAUGCUAAGGAUAUAUCCGAAGACCAUGCUCUUGACUGUGUAGCCGGAUAUGCCCUCUGUUUGGAUAUGACAGCAUGGGACUUCCAAUGCAAAGCUAAAGCCGACGGUCAGCCUUGGGCAUUAGCUAAAGGUUUUGACACCGCUUGCCCAGUCAGCAAAUUUAUACCCAAGGAAAAGAUCCCAGACACGAAUAAUGCACGUCUAUGGCUGAAAGUAAACGGAUCGAAAAAACAGGAUAGUUCCACUUCGGAUAUGAUUUUUACUGUUCCGAAGAUUCUGAGUUACCUAAGUCAGUAUUUUACCUUGGAACCAGGGGACAUUAUUCUGACAGGGUCUCCGGCAGGGGCGGGGCCUGUAUCGCGAGGGGACGUUAUUGAAGCCGGUCUGGAAGCUGAGGGGAAAAAAUUGAUUACUAUGACAUUUGAUGUGAAAUAGAAACACGUGCAUAUACUAGUAUGACCGUGAAAUUAUUUGCAAAUACUGGUAACAUGUCAGCCUUGAUAGAUGAAUAUAUUUUCACAACACUAAACAUGUACCUUUGUAUAAUGUAUCAGCUAUAAAUAUAUAGUCUAUACGGAACAGUC